CAUGAGCGCCGCCGCCCCCUCGCCCGCGCUGCAGAUGCAGAUGGCGCCCGGCCACGGCCACGGCGACCGCGACCCGCUGCCCCCCGGCUGGGAGGUGCGCGUCGACCCGCAGACCGGCUGGCCCUUCUUCGUGGACCACAACAGCCGCACCACCACCUGGAACGACCCGCGCGCCGCCCCCGACGCGCCCAAGGAGACCCCAGCCUCUGCCAACGGCCCUUCCCGGGAGGGUGCCCGGUUGCUGCCCAAUCGGGAGGGCCACGCUGUGUACCCGCAGCUCCGCCCCGGCUACAUUCCCAUCCCCAUCCACCAUGAGGGUGGCGGUGGCAUCCGGCACCCGGUCCACGCCUACCCCCAGCCGGGCCCACAGCGCUUUCGUGCUGAGGCAGCUGCCACAGCGCCUCAGAGAUCCCAAUCGCCACUGCGGGGUGUGACCGAAGCCACCCAGUCAGACAAGCAGAGUGGACAGGUCCAGCCCCCGGCCUCCCAUGGACCUGAGCGAUCCCAAUCUCCGGCCUUCUCCGACUGCUCCUCAGCAUCAUCCUCGGCCAGCCUGCCCUCCUCAGGCCGGAGCAGCCUGGGCAGUCACCAGCUGCCACGGGGCUACAUCCCCAUCCCCGUGAUCCAUGAGCAGAACCUUGGCCGGCCGGCAGCGCAGCCCUUCCACCAGGCCCAGAAGACUCACUUCCCAGCUCAGCAGGCUGAGUUCCAGAGCCACCAGCCUGUGUACCACAAGGUGCAGGCGGACGACUGGGAGCCCCGGCCCCUGCGGGCAGCAUCCCCGUUCCGGCCAUCCCCCAGGGGCGCGGCCAGCCGGGAGGGCUCACCAGCUAGGAGCAGCACGCCAGUACGCCCAGCCUCACCUCUGCGCCCGGCCUCACCUCUGCGCGUACAUACAGUCGGCGAUAAGUCUCAGCCGCCCGUUACUUCUCGGGGGUCUUCGCCUAUACCCCAGCCAGAAAGCAAAGCAGAAAGCAAGACUGGCCUAGCUGGACCAGACCUCCCUCCCGGACACAUCCCCAUCCAAGUGAUCCGCAAGGAGCCAGAGCCCCGACCUGUCCCUCAGAAGGCUGCACCCCCCUCGGAGAAGGUGGAAAUGAAGGUGCCCCCAACCCCUGUUCCUCCCAGCCCCGCCACCCCUGCGGCUCCCUCUUCCCCCAAGAAUGUGGCUCCAGAAGAGAGAGCAACCCCUAGCCCCGCCCCUGCUGAGGCCACCCCCCCAAAACCUGGAGCUGCCGAGGGGUCCCCUAAGCACCCGGGUGUGCAGAAAGUCGAAGCCAUCCUGGAGAAGGUGCAGAGGCUGGAACAGGCUGUGGACAACUUCGAAGGCAAGAAGACAGACAAAAAGUAUCUCAUGAUAGAAGAGUACUUGACCAAAGAGCUGCUGGCCCUGGAUUCGGUGGACCCUGAAGGACGAGCUGAUGUCCGCCAGGCCCGGAGAGACGGUGUCAGGAAGGUGCAGACCAUUCUGGAAAAACUCGAGCAAAAAGCCAUCGAUGUCCCUGGCCAAGUCCAGGUCUACGAACUCCAGCCCAGUGGCUUGGAGGCGGACCCGCCGCUGCCGGAAAUCAUGGGGGCAGCAGCCACAGACCAGAGCCCGAAAAGUGUGGGAGGAGAUGGAGGGGAACCUCAGACUACCCCCCCGCAGCAGCCUGAUGCCAAAGAAGCAGCAGCUCCAAACCCAGGCAACACCACAGACUCCAGCGGUCACCCCACAGCAGCACCGUAGGGUCCAUGGUGCCUGUACAUCUCUGGAGCUGGGGCUGGCUAUGUCCUUGGGGAUGGCUGCAUUGCAUGCGAUUCAGACUUGACAUCGAUUGGUUUGUGCUAGUCAUAGGCGUUAGAUCUGCGGUAACUUGGGUAGAGGCACUAAUAAAAGGCAGCACUGUGAGGAGAAAGCUGCUUUUCUUUGUGUUCUUAUUGCACUGUGCAAGUCACUUGUUUCAGAAGGGGGGAGGGUGUUUCGAUUUCCUAAUUUUCAGAAAGGUUGCCGUUUUAAUAAAAAAUUUUUUUUCUCUAAAAUACCUAACUUGAGCUAGAAUAAAGGUUGUAAGGAGCUAUAGUGAUCUCUGUAUAUUGGAUAAAUUCAAUGCAGCAUGGAAGAAAAGGAAAAUAAAAGACUGACCCCAAA